CAGACGGAGGAGGAGGCUCAGACAGACAGUCAGCAGCAGAGCCAGUCGUCUGACAGUUCUAACAGUAAGACGCAACCCAAGCGGCUCCAUGUCUCCAACAUACCCUUCAGGUUCAGGGACCCAGACCUCAGGCAAAUGUUUGGCGUGAGUAUUACAGUACAAUUAUUGAUUUUAUCCCCCCAAAAGUUAAUCAUUUCCAAAUGCUACAUAUGCUGUAGUACUGAAUAAUCCUCCAUUAAAGAAUGUCACUGACUCUGUCUUUUUUCUGUCUUUCUUUCCAGCAAUUUGGUAAAAUAUUAGAUGUUGAAAUAAUUUUUAACGAGCGGGGCUCUAAGGUACGUGAUGCGUUGUGUUUCUCUUCUCAUUGGUAGUUGUUAGAGGAAGCUAGAGGUUAGAGAUUUGUGUUAGAGGAUAGAAGAUAUGGAAAAAGUUUUGAAGCAGAGGGGGUACCUACCUAAAGUGUGCUUAAUCCUUCUACGUUUCAAAAUGUUUUCUCCUUUUAUUCUUCUGAACGACACCCCAGGCUGUUUUCUGUAAUGACUGGAUGACUGGAGUACCAUGAGUAAUGACAGUAAUCAUAUGAAUAAAGAUUAUAAUGAUAAUAAUAUUAAUAACAUGCAUGUUGUUCUCUCCCUCUCCAUCCUGCAUGCAGGGUUUUGGGUUCGUAACUUUCGAGCAUAGUGCGGACGCUGACAGGGGCGCGAGAAAAAUUACACGGCACGGUCGUAGAAGGCCGUAAAAUAGAGGUGCAUGUUACAAAUACUUCCUCUACUUCCUCCUCCUCUUCCUCCUUUACCUCCUCCUCUACCUCUGUGUUCAGU